UGAGCAGCUGAAGUGGUCUGACCUUGAAUACCUUAAAUAGCAGCUCUGGCUAAGUGUUUGAACUUUUAAACGAGCUUUUGUGUCAUAGAUUAUAGUGUGCUGUUAUAGAAUGGCUGAGAAACUCCAAGCACUGAAGCAGCAGGUCUGCACUUCCAUUGAUGAUGCCAAGAACAAACUCCAUCAGUUAGGAGAUGCGAUCUGGCAUUGCCCAGAACUUGCAUAUGAGGAAAGACAAGCGCAUGAUACUCUGGUUCGCUUUUUCACACAGGAGAAAGGAUGGACGGUGGAGGCACACUACAAACUAGACACAGCUUUCCGGGCCACAUGGGGACCAGUAGGUGGUGCAGGUGUUGGGUCUGUGGUUAAUGUUGGGUUUCUGUGUGAGUAUGAUGCUCUGCCCUCUAUAGGCCACGCGUGUGGCCACAACCUGAUUGCGGAGAGCGGAGCUGCGGCAGCGUUUGGCCUGAAGGCCGUCCUGGAGUGUGGGGAGGCGUGGCCUGUGCCAAUCAAGGUAACUGUGUUGGGGACUCCAGCAGAAGAGGAUGGAGGCGGGAAAGUGGAUUUGCUUCGAGAAGGAGCUUUCGAGGACCUGGAUGUGGUGUUUAUGGCUCAUCCCACUCAGAAGAACGCCACCUUUCUACCAGCCAUGGCUAUACAAGGUAUGCAGGUGAAGUACCGCGGCCGUGCGUCUCAUGCGUCAGCGUAUCCCUGGGAAGGAAUAAAUGCUCUAGAUGCAGCUGUCAUGGCCUACAAUAACAUCUCCGUUCUGCGCCAGCAGCUCAGACCUGACUGGAGGAUCCAUGGUAUCAUAAAGCAUGGCGGCGUGAAACCCAACAUCAUCCCCGACUACAGCGAGCUGGAGUAUUACUUGCGCACGUCCUCGCACCGGGACCUGCCCAAUAUCAAAGCCAAGGCAGAGGCCUGCUUUCGUGCUGCUGCUCUCGCCACAGGAUGCGAGGUUGAGAUCAAGUUUGAUAAGAACGAGUUUUAUGAAGUCCUGAGGAACCGCACUCUGGAAGAUCUGUUCGAGGAGAACGGGAGAGCUCUUGGCAUGAAGUUCACCAACGAGGGCUUUUCAGGCUCUACAGAUUUCGGGAACGUGAGUCACGCUGUCCCAGGGAUUCACCCUUAUUUCUACAUCGGCUCCGAGGCACUGAAUCAUACUGCGGAAUAUACAGCUGCUUCCGGUGCAGAUGAAGCUCAGUUUUAUACUCUUCGCACUGCCAAAGCUCUGGCGAUGACGGCGCUGGAUGUGAUCUUCAGCCCGGGAGUGCUGGACAAAAUCAAACAGGAGUUUAGAGAGGCCAAGCUGCAAGAGGAGAGAAAUUAAUGCAGGAGAAACAUGGAGAAAUGCAGACAAAUGACAGCUGAAGGGUCUAAUACUCCUUAUAGUGACUGAUAUCUAAUUUCUUUAUAUACAGUGGGGCAAAAAAGUAAUUAGUCAGCCACCAAUUAUGCAUUGUGCAAUAUAUACGUUAUAUACCCUUUGUUGACAGAGAUCAAACGUUUUCUGUAAGUCUUCACAAGGUUUUCACACACUGUUGCUGGUAUUUUGGCCCGUUCCUCCAUGCAGAUCUCCUCUAGAGCAGUGAUGUUUUGGACUUUCACAGACUUUCAACUUUCAAGAUUUUCUAUGGGGUUGAGAUCUGGAGACUGGCUAGGCCACUCCAGGCCCUUGAAAUGCUUCUUACGAAGCCACUCCUCCGUUGCCCGGGCGGUGUGUUUGGGAUUAUUUUCAUGCUGAAAGACCCUGCCACGUUUCAUCUUCAAUGCCCUUGCUGAUGGAAGGAGGGUUUUACUCAAAAUCUCACGAUACAUGGCCCUAUUCGUUCUUUCCUUUACAUGGAUCAGUCGUCAUGGUCCAAACAGACCCAAAGGUGAUGUUUCCACCCCCAUGCUUCACAGUAGGUAUAGUGUUCUUUGGAUGCAACUCAGCAUUUUUUCUCCUCCAAACACGAAGUUCUAUUUUGGUUUCAUCUGACCAUAUGACAUUCUCCCAAUCCUCUUCUGGAUCAUCCAAAUGCUCUCUAGAAAACUUUAAAAAGGCCUUGACAUGUACUGGCUUAAGCAGGGGAACACGUCUGGCACUGCAGGAUUUGGGUCCCUGUGCGUUACUGAUGGUAGCCUUUGUUACUUUGGUCCCAGCUCUCUGCAGGUCAUUCACUAGGUGAAUCCCGUGUGGUUCUGGGAUUUUUGCUCACAGUUCUUGUGAUCUUUUUGACCCCACGGGGUGAGAUCUUGCGUAGAGCCCCAGAGUCCCACAGUUGAUUUCUUCACACCAAGCUGCUUACCUAUUGCAGAUUCAGCCUUCCCAACCUGGUGCAGGUCUACAGUCUUGUUUCUGGUGUCCUUUGACAGUCUUUGGUCUUGGCCUUAGUGGAGUUUGGAGUGUGACUGUUUGAGGUUGUGGACAGGUGUCUUUUAUUCUGAUAAGAGAUGCCAUUAAUACAGGUAACGAGUGCAGGACAGAGGAGCCUUUUAAGAAUUUGUUACAGGUCUGUGAGAGGCAAAAAUCUUGCUUGUUUUUAGGGGACCAAAUACUUAUUUUCCACCAUAAUUUGCAAAUAAAUUCUUGAAAAAUCCUACAAUGUGAUUUUCUGGAUUUUUCUUUUUCUUAUUUUGUCUCUUAUAGUUGAGGUAUACCUAUGAUGAAAAUGACAGGCCUCUCUUAUCUUUUUAAGUGGGAGAACUUGGGAGCACAAUUGGUGGCUGACUAAAUACCUUCUUGCUGUAUUUGACUGAUUAAUUUUUACAAAAUGUAGCAAUAAAAUUUUUAAUUCUUAGGAAUAUAUUUUUUUCUUUUAAUCUUGCCACUGUGUCGCUUAGUGGAAAUACACAGGGUGUUCAAAUCAAACUGGAACUUUUAAUUUAAAAAUAACAGUUGAGAGUAAAAACUCACUUUAUUUCUCUACUGUAUAUAAUCCGCUGCUACACUACUAAUGUACUUAUCCCAGUGUUUCACUAGCGCAUGGAUACCAUCAAAGUAGAAAGUUUUCUCAGUACACCGAAGCCAUGAUCAGACUGCCUGCUUCACGUCUAAAAGGCUGGCCUCCCAGGAACUCCUUUAAUGGCCCAAGCAUGUGGAAAUGACUUAGAGCAAGGUCAGAACUGUACAGGGAAUGUGGCAACGACUCCCAGUCGGGUUUCUGUAGUGUACAAGUGGUGUUUUUUUUUUAAUGGUUGUGUGUUUGAAUGGUUGUUCCCACAAACAGAUGCGUCUCUGCCACAAGUAGGUGACAAGUUCCUAGAUCUUUAAGGAUCAGGCGUUCCACGCGCUGAGUGGUCACUUGGGCGGGAUCGUCACUAACAGCCUUUUUUAAAAAAGUUUAUACCAUUUAUGUUGGACUUGGGCCGAGAAUCUUAUCACUGUAAUGUGGUUGGAGUCUUCUGUAAACGUGACGGUUUUCACAGCCGACUUGGAAACACGCAACAUUGUAUUGGAAAUCCUUCUUUAAUGAGUUUUUGAAUUCUCUCCAUUGUUUAAAUUGACAACUUAAUUAAAUGGACGUUGUGCCAUUUUUUCACUUUCAAUUGAUAUGUUUAGA